UAUGUAUGUAUUUAUGCUUUUCAUUCUAAGGCACCUAAUGUGUAUCCUUUCAUUUGUACACAUUCUUCCGAGCUGUGUAUUUCUCUUUUGUUGGCAUAUAUGUUAUGUUUAAUUUACACAGCCAGGACUGUAUUAUAAAUCUAUUUUUGCUUUUUAUGUUUUCCCUUAGUACCAUGGUUUUUAGGUCCAUCCGUGUGGCUCCAUAUUUUUCUAGUUGGCUGUUUUUUGGUGUGCAUUCACCCAGUGCCCUCCUCUCUCUUGCCCAGUGGGGGACUCCUGGAGUGUGUCAGCUCCCACCCUACAAAGAUCACCUCUGGGGACAACCUCAGCAUAUAUGUGAGUGUUUCUUUAGGCUCUCUGUGCAAAAGCUGAAUCUCUAGCACAGUGGGGGUGUUUAUAACACAUGUGAUGAGGUAGUGCCAGAACUUUUCUGAGUGGAUGCCCCGGGCUGUCCUCCAGCAGCAGUACCAAGGGGCAGAACUUCUCAUCACAGUCCAGCCCUAGCAUUAACCAUAGCAAGAAGAUACAGACACAGCCCCUGCUCACAAGGAUCCCGAGACAUCACUCUUCCAUGCAUCCUUGACACAGACCCUUGUGGACAUGUGUCUUCAGAUUUCUCCCCGACAAUCUGACCUGGCCCUGGGCACCCCGAGCCACAUCUACCUGUCUCGGUACCCAUGCCUCAUCCACCUGCCCUCUAUGUGUCAGCAUAUCUAUGUCAUGGCAACACACCAAAGCAGCUGGGACUGGAUUUUUUCAAAGAGGGGAACUCAGUGAAGAUGAGAGAUCUCACCUACCCAGGUUUAGCUAACACAUCUCAGAAGUAACCAUAGACAGUGCACUGGAACACAGUCACUGGCAGCAAAUGCUUUGUCUUACCAUUGUCAGUGAGUCUGAAAAGCUGGCUUCUUGUUUGGUAGGGAUGGAGUAGACAAUGUUACUUUAGUGAAAUGAUCUGAUGCCAACCAGAUCACCUGCUCUAGACACUUCACUUCACAGGAAAGGACACUAAGACCCAAAAAAGUGAUCUCAAGACCGUUGGGUAGUUGAGAGGCAAAGCUGGGGCCAGAACCCAGGGUCCUGUUUGUCCAGCCUGACUUCCCUCCUAACCACUGCCCUUGUUCCUUCUACACUUCAGGGACCCUGGAUCCACAGACAGUCUUCAACUCUGUUCCAUGAGGUUGAACUCCUUCCUUCCCCAGCUUGGUCUUGAAAAAGGCUCAUAAAUACUAAAAUUGGGUUUAUUGGGUUUAUUAUCCCUCCCUCUCCAAUUUAGUAUGGCCAACUAAAAUGAAACAGGAAUAAAUAAAAUAAAGAGGGGGAAGAAGAAAAUAACAAUCAAAGCUAUUUCUCAGUAGUGUAAAGUCAGUUAUGGAAUAAGGGAAUAAUAUCCUGCAAGAAUUCUAGGCCAGUGCGUGUUUCCCCCUUUUUCCAGGUGGAGAAAGCAGAAUUAGAAAGGCACCCAGGGAGGGACUGUGAAGAGACAUGACCAAUUAUUUAGCAAAGAGAUCUAAAAUUACCUGUACAAGGAGGUCUGGGUGGCCCAAUCAGGUAAGUAUUUGGAUUUCAGCUCAGGUCAUGAUCUUAUGGUUUGUGGGUUCAAGCCCCAAGUCAGGGAUUCUCUCUAUCUCCUUUUCUCUGUCGCUCCUUGCUCGCUCUCUUUCCAUCUCGAAAUAAAUAAAUAAACUUAAAAAAAAAGAAGAUAAAAUGACACCUACAGUCCCACAUUAUCCUGUUCACAAGAGUCACAAGGUAGGUUUUAUUCCUUAUAAAUGUCUGUUCCUUGUAUAACUCAAAGCAAAAAUUCUUAAUGUCCUCCUAUGAUCCCUUCAUUCUUUCAUCCGACAUUCUCUGAAAGCAUAACCAUAGUAGUAGUUUCAGAAACAGUCAAAUAACAUUUAUAUGCCUUUGUAAAAUUGACAAAGUUGAACAUAGGAAUCUAUGCUUAAGAAAAUCUUAAUUCUGGACGAGUGAUUAAUUAGGUAGGAGGGCAGGAUUUGAAGAUAAGGGGAUGAGUUCUGGUAGUAAAUAAACAAAUAGCUCCCUGGAGAUGGUCAAAGAAGAAGUUUGUUGUUCCACAUCACAACACCUUAGGAUACCCCAAAAACUUGCUCUGCAAAUUAGAAUAGGUUGGGGGAGAAGGGGAUUUCAGAAUUUUGAGCUAAUUUUCUAUCUACCCAAUAAGAGAAACGUUAGAAAUAAUGCAUGCUUUCUUUGUAAUCCUAAGCCACACCAGGCACCAACUUUGUGAAUGGGGUCUCCCAAAGAAUCCUCUGAAGGGAACAUGACGUGUAAACAUCAUGGUGUCUGUUUGUUUGUCCCAGGGACUGUGCCACUGCACACUGUCCCUGACCCUACAAGCCAGCGCUUGACCUAGCUGACCCCAUGCCUUGGGUUCAGGGGAGAUUUUUAAAUUUAUUUUUGAAUUCAAAUGCUGUAAAAUUCACCCUUUUAAUAAUGCACAAUUUGGCAGUUUUUAGUAUAUUCAGAGUUACAUGACCACCAUCACUAUCGAAUUCCAGAACAUUUUAUCACCCUGAAAGCAACUUCAUACCCACCAGUGGUUACCCUCAAUUUCCUCCCUUCUUCUGCCCCUCAGCCACUGGCAGCCACUAAUCUACUUUCUGUCUCUGCAGAUCUGCCUAUUUCGGACAUUUCAUGUAAAUGGGAUCAUACAAAAUGCGGGCUUUUGUGACUGGCUUCUUUCAUUCAGUGAAUGUUUUCAGGGUUCGCCCAUGUUAUAGACUGAAUGAACACUUCAUUCAUUUUUAUGGCUGAAUAAUAUUUUGUCAUGUGGACAUGCCUACCACAUUUUACUUAUCUGUUCAUCAGUUGAUGUGCUCAGGGAGGAUUUUAGUACUAAAAAUGAACUGAACUGAACUUGAAACCGAUAGACAGUGAAUAACUUUUUCCGAUUCCUGAGGAUGCUGUUAACAUGACAAAAUCAGUGGUUUAGGAUGAUGUCUGUGGUGGGUGGGCCAUGAAGAUCUGAUUUGCAGUGAGGCGGAAAUGGGCAUGAUGGAAUUUGGAGAUUGUUCUACGAGAGAGGGGAGAAAGGCCAAGGUCACCCAAGAAAUCUAUGUUCAAGGAGAAAACCUGAACUCUCACUCUCUCCAGCUCUGACCAUAAAGCCAUAAAGCCACAGGCUUACAAAAGCAGCUCAUUCUGAGGGAGGGGAACACCCAGUGAUGGUUUCUACCUUGUCUCAUAUGUCUCCUGGAAGCUCUGUUGAAAAUAAGCCUACCACACUCCUUCCCGGAAUGCUCAUGACUGAUAAUUGCCUUGUGCACAAUUUUCUGCCAAACCCUGUUGUUAAUGAAAUGAUGAUUUAGUUAUCCUUGUCAGUACUAGCCCAAAUUGUACGAGGACCCAUUACUGCAUCUGUGAGGCUGGCAGGAAUGCCCUGCCAAGGCACCUGUGAGCGGUUCCUACAAUGGGCAUCCUCAGCUCAAGCUUGACUGGGGAGUGGAGGCUGCCAGAAGCCAUGGGUGCAGCCUGCUGCCUGGACCCCCGCCCCACAAAUAUCAGAGUUGGAAACACCUAGGAGCAAAGUGAGAAACCAGGCCAGAGCACAACUCUGUUUGUCAAUUUUGACCUGCAAAGCCUGGGGCUGCUUCUUGUCAGCAUGUGGGGAAGGGAUGCACUGAAGGACUGUGGUGACAUGUCAGAUUCCCUGAGGUCCAGGGAGAUGCUCAGCUGGCUGGUGGACAUGGGCAUCCUAAACCACCUCCUCAGGUGAUGCCCACAAUAUACCUUUCUUCCCUCCUCCCCAGUCUGCCUGUGGUUUUGGGGCUUCCACUCCUUUCCCUGCCCCUGUUCCCAGGACUGCACUCUCCAGCCUUCCUGGACUGCUCAUGCUGGCUGCUUUGCAAGAGAAGAGAGCAGUAGAAAGAAAGGGAGAGAGACAUGGGUAUGGUUGGGGAAACCCCAUGGUUGCUGGUCAAGGCAAAUAUAGACAGAAAUAAAGUUACUUGGCUCACGUGAUGUUCAGUACAUCUGUGUGGACACAGGAGUACAUGUGUGCACAAACACACACACACACACACACACACACACACACACACACACACAUUUCCCCUUCUCUUGUCUUCAGGAAUAUUUUGUUUAGGAGCGAGUCCCUCAGGUUUGGAACUAGUUUAUCCAAGUUGUGAUGGAGAAAUGUAGCUCAGCUAGGAGUGUAUUGCAUGCCUUUUUGGGGCUUUUGUGAAGUUAGCAGAAACAGCCUCUCACCUUGGCAAACCGGGUAGUGGAGGCUAUGUGGUGGAGGAGUGCUGGUGUAACUCUGGCCACCAAACCCACAGCAGUGUGUAAUAGACGCUCAAAACCUGGUUGCAUGCCUAGUCAUUUAUUCUGAUCGCCUCCUGCAUUCUCCUCUAAAAAGGUUGUGGCAACUUACAACAGCAUUAAUGAAACAGAUAAGCUAAAUUAUGUGAGAGGAGCAUAUAAUAUAAUAAAACAGAAUAUAAUAAAGUCAGAGGUAAGAUCAGCACCUGGGAAUCUCUCUUUUGUGGCUGAAAUUUGGCCCUGUGAGUCACAGAGCUUCCUGCUUUGGAUCGUGAGAAGGUGUCAUUGGGGGUCCUGAUAUGGAUGGUGUGUAGGGUCAGAGUGUGGUGCCUUGAUACUAUCCUUGAAGUAGAGAAAGAAAAGAUUCCAUGACUGCUUCUGGGGGCACCCCUCACAGGAGGUGGGGGUGGGUGGGAGGAUGCCAGCACUCCUGUCAGCACAAGCAACAAAGUAUUGCAGCCCAAAUUAUCCAGCUGGAGCUGGGGGUAAAAUCCCCAUGAUCUAUAGUGGCCAUUUUCAAUGUUUUGUAAAAAGCAGUGGUACCCUUCUACUCCAAUAAAAUCUUGUGCAAGCUCCUCCCAGAGAGAGGGGGAAAAAGGAUAGAGAGAGGACUCCUUCCUCACAGCAGAUUUGUGCUGAGCUCAAAAAAGGCACUAGACUAUAGCGUGUCUUGCCUAAAAUCUACAGUUCUGUUCUCUUGAUGCCAUCUGCUUCCUAGGUGGUGUCAGGACAUCUCAGGCCCUAUGUAGGAGAUUUUCCAGGGGUCUCCCCCAAAGAUUAUAAGGAGAUUCAUGUGUAAGGGGUUGAUAUUAUGAAGACACAAGGUGAGAGCUACAGCAGGGUGAUGGCCACAACCUUCACAUGACAACAGCCUCCACAAUAGCUGUUUCCACCUUCUUGGCCCCAUGUUUCCACCUUCCUGACAUCACCUCUAGGGUUCCCAUGCAGUAGGGGGUUAUUUCCCACAGGGGACUUACCAUUUACUCUGAACCACCAAACUCACAAGCUAACCUCCAUGGUAGAGACAGUGCCUGUUGUGGGCAAGGGGUGGGUGGAUAGGGACGUCUGUGGCAGAGAAGGUACCUGCCAUAAAGAGAGAAGAUGGAGGUGGAGGAGAAAGCAUGGCCGCAUCAGAGAAGUGAAAACGGGUGUGGGUGUGUCAGGGAGGGUGAGGAGACCUGAUGGAUGCACAUUUUGACUUGAUUCUAUAGGAAAUGCCAUGUGACGCAUGACCAAGAGGGACUUGUCCUGUGUCUAGGACCCAGCUAGGAAACAUCCCCAAGCAGAGGGAAGGGCAGGGGCAGUGUGAGGGUCUGCAGCAGCUCCUGCGAAUGUACAUGAAUACAGCUGAGCAUGUGUGGACAGCCACAUCUCUAAACCAAAUCCUUCUGGUGGGGAUUAUCCAUUACUUUCUCUAGUUCUUCAAGUCCCUUAAUCCUCUAGGCUCUGAGCAUGGAUAAUCCAGGGUUUACAUAGACCCGAUUUUUCACAAGCCUUUGCAAGACCACUGUGUACUAUCUUGCUGGAGGAGAAACUGAGGCUAUAUGUUCUAAAAAGCCUAGUUCUAGAGCUUCCCUCGGAUCAUUCUGUGGUGGGCCUUGGGGUAUGGGCUGCUGGCCCCUUGUUCAGUGAUCUGGCUUCUAAACUUGGUUCUUUCCCCAUAUCUUAUCAAGGGAGGAAAGGAUGUACCUAAUUGCUUCUUGCAGGCACAGGUUGAGAUAAUCCCCAUUCCCUGGUGCUCCUUCAGCCUACUGGUGAGUGGAGAGCAGGCUAAGAAAGGUAUACACUUAAUCCUUACCCAUGUGGGAAAAAGGGACAGAGGGAGGAAGAAAACUUGAACUUGAGCUGAGAAGGGAUGGCCAAUGCUGGCAGAGGUACAAUGUCCCCAUGCACACCUUCUUCCCCGAGAGGAUUGCCUGUGCUAAAUAUAAAGAGUUCAGGGCACGGGUCAUGGGGAUGGUAAGGGGACCAGUGGGCUGACAGUCUGCAUCCAUGUGGGCACUGUCCAUCUAUCUGUAAGCUUUGACCCACCCUCUCCAAGCCACAACCUCUGUCCUUUGCCCUCUUAAUUCCCUCCUCCUAACUGGGAUGCCUCUUGCUCUCUUUCUCCCUGAGGCUAUGACAAUGUCAGGGUACCCAGCCAUGGCAUGGACGUCAGCCUCAGUUUCCAGUUCUCAGCAAGUGUAUGAGUGUGAGUGUGUGUGCAAGGGCUGGGGCUGGGGUCAUCCACAGAGCACAGAAGUAGAGAGCUUCUGAAGGUGGGGCUGCCCAUCGGUCACACCCUACACCCUGGAGCCCUGAGGACCUGUCAGACCCACCACCAGCCUCAACACCAUGAGCAGCCAAAGCAGCAUCAAUCACUGACCAGAAGAGCCCAGACACCACAGGAGUAAGUUAAGCCCUGGAGGGACUGGGUGUGGCUGAGCUCAGUGAAGGGCAGGUAAAGCCAGGAACCCUCAGAAAGAGCAGGAAGCAUAGAGCAGAAAAGAGGAAACAGCAGAGCUUUCUCUGGUCCUCCCCUUGUUCAGUGCACAAUAUCCACACCCCUUUCCCUCAGGACUGAAAUCUGGGGGAUGGGGGGCACUGCAGAAGCUGGAGAGAACUGGUAGAGCAGCAAAGAGUGUGAGGAUUGGAGGGAAGUAUGACCAAUGGAGUCUCUCUAAAAGUGCAUGGUUGGUAGUCAUACAACGCCCAAAGGCAGGGACAGGGGAGGCCCAAACUCAGUGGUCAUGUGGGGACUGCUGAGGAAACUUGUAGAACCUCAGCUGGCCAUGCGAUGAGGGACGGAGAUAGUGAAUGGGGGGAGGGGUGAUUUGGACAAGAAACAAACCCUGCUUUCACUUACAGGUGCUCGCAAUGGCCAGUACCUUGAAGAAACUCUGGAAUAAAUACAUCUGGGCCUUUGAAAAUGGAGACCCAAGGAUGGAUUCCCGGCUCCUCGUACACUUGUCACUCCCUGUCAUUCUUCUUUCUGUCUUCUAUCUUUUGGUGGUGGCAAGUCCUUGCUUCAUGUCUGGAUGGGAGUGUCUGAGGUUUGCAGGAUCCCUCGCCGCCUAUAACCCAGGCCUGGUGGCCCUCUCAGGGUACAUAUUCUAUGAGGCCACCCUCUGCACUGCUGACAGAAUGAUCAUCCCAGACACCUAUGCACCAAAAGGAACUGCUGACCCUGUGAAGGCUUCCCAGCAGCAGGGACAAGACGACCUGGAAAUCUGCGUGCUCAUUAAGAUUACAUGGCUACAGGCUACAGCACCUUUGGAGAGUCCUUCUGUUAACACUCUCAGUAGCUUCUCCCCAUUUCCCUGUGCUCACAGGCAUCUUCCUGCAAACAGGUCUUCUUCAUAUUACGAAAUAAGCCAGAGCACAUCACCUUUCUGCAUGUCUGUCAUGUUCUUCACACAGUGGGCUGGCAUCAGAUAUGUGUCACGUGGUCAAGAGCUUCCUACCACCCUUGGGCAGGGGACUGUGGGAGAUUCUCAGAGCCAUCUGCCUUGACAGUACAGAGGGAGUUAUAAGCACUCUCAUUUGGCAUCCUGUCAGCCCCAACCCACCAUGAUGACCUCAAACAGCUCGUGCCAGACCUCCUCAUGAUAGGACCUUCCCAAGGACUUUUUCUGUAAGGGUCAGUUGCCACCGUUGCCCACUCCUCCUACAGCCACUUCACUGAGUGCUCCUUCCCUGAUGGAUUCAACAUGGUGGUCCUCCUCUGCAGCCUCAGUGUCAUCAGCCUUUUCCUCAACUGCCACCACCAGACGUACCUGAGGGGCAAGCGGGAGAAGCUGACUUCAGGGGCAGGACCCAAGGACUGAAACUAGUAGAGCUGUCCCCACAGAGAGUUGGCAGAAGAUAGCGUGGGUCACAGCCCACCUGUGCUGAGCAGAUACCUCUGGGCCUGCAUUUCAUUCUGUGAAGGGUGGAGGAGAAUUGCCUUCUUUCUGAAGUUCAGGAGAACAGAAAUGGACCAAGCUCCUUGCACUCACUUCUGUUACAGCAUUUCUCACAUGGAUUUGUCACUGUUUGAUGUGAGCCCUCUCAGGAGGGACUGUCUUGUUCUCAAUGUCCCCCCCACCUGGCACAGCACCUUAAUAAAUGUGCAUUUGGGUCCUUGUAUUCCAUGACUGGCCGUCAUGACGUUUGGUGAAGAUCAGGGCUGGUGGCAUGCCUAAAGCCAAGGCUGGCUUGAUAUCCAACCUUGCAGUAGGAAAUGAUGCUAAGAAUAUGCAAGGGUGGGUCUGUUUGGUUUCUAGCAUGGCUGUGUCAAUGUUUGCCCCUGUGUCUCUUCUUGUCUCUUCACUCUUACCUGCACUUGUAUGAUUCUGUGUGUGUAAAUGGGAAAGGGUUAUGUAUAUGUCUAAAUUUUUGUUUUCAAGUAAACAUGCAUGUUUCCAUUUGAGUUUC